AGGCGGAAAUGGCAGCGUCGUGUGCUGUAGAGCCUUGAUCCAUGGGUAGAGCUCGUAACAGUCGGAAAAAUGUGGGAAAUUCAAACCUCACGGGUCGUCUUUUCUUGCCUGGGAGGAAAAUGAAAUUAGCAUGGAUCAAAGUGAGCAGAGGAAUGUCAGCAAGAGAGAGACUCAAAACAGUUGGGAAAGUUUAGAGUGGACAAACUGGCCAAAGGCGGUUGUGGUUGUAGAGGCCAUAUGGGAACGUGUAGGCUUUUAAAAGGAGACAGGUGUUUUUCACAGAUUAGAUAGAUUUUCUAUCUUUUAUUUUAUUUUAUUUUAUUUUAAUUAUUAUUAUUUUGAGUGCACUGAUCGACUGUGAGGCUACCGUUUGACCCAUACUCCGGAACAGUAGGUGGCGGUAGUGCUCCUUUAAGAUGGCUGCCAACCGCCGUAAAACAAGAAGAAGAAGAUCCACGGUUUGCACGUUACACUCGGCAGCUGUUUGACCUCGUUGUUCGCUGUUGGUGGCGCUGUAAUGUUAGAUUAUCUGCAGCGUCCAUAGAAGAAAAUCAUAACAUCCGCUGAUAGCUCCAUGUAGCACACAGCUGUUGGUCAUGGAGUUUCCCCAACAUUCCCAGCAGCUGUUGUCAGCUCUGCGUUCCCAGCGCCAACGUGGAUUCCUGUGUGACUGCACUGUUUUGGUUGGAAACUCCAGCUUUGUGGCUCACCGUGCUGUGCUAGCCUCGUGUUCCCCUUUCUUUCACAUGUUCUAUUCAGACUCUCCAGGAAGCAACACUGAAAAUGGCACCAAUGGCUCUGUUACUCUGGACAGUGACAUUGUCACAGCCCCUGCUUUUAGUUUACUCUUGGACUUUGUUUAUGAAGGUGUAUUAAAGGUGGAAGAGUCCCCUCCUGUUGAGGAUAUACUGGCAGCUGCCAGUUUUCUUCACAUGAAUGAAGUGGUGAGGGUGUGCAAGAAAAGACUACAAAGACGUGGCCCUGUGGCAGAGGCAGAUAGCACUCGUUCUGAAGAAAGCUCUGGUGUUACAAAGGAAUUAGCGAUGGGAAGAGAAGAGGGUGAGAACUCAUGCCAUGGACUAGAGCUAAACUCUGUUAAUGUUACAACACCUCAUUCGCUCAUUUUGCUUCCAAUAGACAAAAGUCAGCAGGAUCAUGUUAAGCUAGAGCACAGACGUGUAGAGAGAACAUGUGAAGGACAAGUUGAGCAUUCCCAGAGCCCUGAUCUUGCUGAUACGACCCAACCAGGCAUGGGCAUCUCACAUGUGCCUCCUAACAACCACCUUUUAGGCCCACACCAGUCUGCCUCAGAAAGUCAGCCUCAGUUAGGAUCUGUGGGUGAAGGAGCAGGACUAAGCAGCCCAUGUAGUACCACAGAGGCACAAAGCCACAGCAAUAACCAACAACCUUCCUCGUCAUCAUUGAUUCCAUCUGCCACAGUUCCUGGAUGUUCAGUAGUUUGGCUUCCCGGAUCAGACCUGUCACCUGGUCUACAUAUCACCAGACCAUCCCAGGACAAUGAAACAUUAAGGAAACACUCAGAGACAAGCGAUAGAGCUGAAUCUUGGGCAGGAGAGCAGAUAUCAAUGUUAAUUCAGACAGUUUCCUCACAUUGUAAGAGCACAGCACCCUCACAGCUGCAGCGAACACUUCAAAUUCAGAGUAUAACAUUAGAACAACACCCAAGAUCAGAGAUUCACAAUGCUACUGCAUCAAAACAUUUGACUGGGCAUCAAGAUGAUUAUGAAGCUGCAUUACCUAAAAAGGCCUCAAAUGUGGAGGCAAGCAUAGCUGGUGAAAAUGUAAAUAUAAAAGUCGAGGCCAUUGUUAUUUCUGAUGAAGAACAAGAAGAGGAGAAAGAGGAAGUACAAAAGGUUGUGAUGGAAGUGGAGGACGACUUUGAGGGAGACAGUCAACAAGAGGGGCUGAGAUCUCAGUAUAGCUCUGAUGCUCACUUCCAGCUUCCAGAUUAUUCAUUCCCCCUCUCCCCACCUGAUGCUGGUCCAUCUUCUCAAAGUGGCAUUGCUUCAUCUACACCACAAUCUGAAAGUACAGUCUACUUCCAGGAAUUUCAAGACUCUAUGGGAAACUUUGUGGAGGAUGUUCCAACGUGUACUGUCUGUGGAAAGACAUUCUCUUGCUCAUAUACACUUCGGCGUCAUGCUAUUGUACAUACUCGUGAGCGCCCUUAUGAGUGUCGUUACUGCUACCGGAGUUACACACAGUCUGGUGAUCUGUACAGACACAUUCGUAAAACCCACGACCACACGCUGCCGGCCAAGCGCAGUAAAGCUGAGGCAACUUACAUGGAAACUAAUUCCCUCCAGCCUCCUCCACCACCUCCACCUAUAAGCUAACACUAUUGUUUAACUGUCUGAACAAAUAUGAUUUUGAUUCCUUAUAUAAUAACACUAUGAUUAACUUAUGGAAUGUAAAAAUAUUUUUAAAAUUGUUUUAAGCUCUAGAU